ACAUACAGGCGUUGUCAUAUGCUGCGUUCAAGACAACUCGGAAAUGUCCGACUUGCACACUCGUUGAAGAAAUGGUGCCGGAGUUUCCCAUUUGGAAAAUAUCAGAAUAGACCAAUAACGUACAUACAUUUUUAACUCGGAGAUACCGAGUUUCCGAGUUGUAUUGAAAGCACCAUAGUGGCAGCAUCUGUCAGUGCGAGCCUGUCUCCACACACACAUAGCGCUGAGAGAGACGCAGAUAAUCGUGAACCGGAGCAUCCAAGUUCAGACGCAUAUCACGCGUAGCGUUUUUCUUAACCAGCCGGUAUGCGAUGAGGUGCGUUCUCUCCGCCCGCUACAGCUGAAAAACAACGAGCAACAACAGUUCUAAAUAGUGUGGAAUUGUUUUCGCUGCAGUCAUGGCAGGCCUGCUUCGCCCGCUUUUAUUCGGCUCCACACUGUUUUUCCUACUGCCAUGUGAUGCCCUGCUGAGUGAUGGACCACCCACCUUGCUAUCCACCUCCCAGCCCUCUCCUCUGUCCCUCAUGGACCUGGACCAAGAUGUGGAGGAGCAGCCGGAGAGGAUGACCGUUCCAGGCAGCCCCACCACAGUACCAGGCCUAACCUCCCAGGGACAGGAGUCCUCGGGGUUAUUCAAUGAUGACAACAAGCCUCUGCAGUCCUCUGUUCAUCUCUGGGAUGAUGUCAGAGACCAAGUCAACGUCACUGGUCUAGACAGGAAGUCCCUCAGAGGUUACAGUCAGACCCUCUCCCAGACCUCCACCUCUCCUAUGGAGGAACCCAGACAGGGAAAUCGCACCUCUCCCUUCAAGGAUGUGGUGGAGAGGCAGGAGCGGGAGCUAUGGGAGAUGGAGAGAGAGUCCAGUGGCCUCCCCCUGGAGGCUGGCUACGGCCAGAACCAGAGCCUGCCUACCACCACCUCCAACACCCCCACAUCCAACACCACCACCACCCCCACCUCCAACACCCCCACCUCCAACACCACCACCUCCAACACCCCCACCACCCCUGAGGCUGACCUUCUGGUUCCUGUAGACUCAACCACCUUAGACCCACAAUAUGUCCCAGUGUACGGGGGUUCACAAUCAACUCCUGAAGACACAGUGGAGGUAGAGGUAGCAGAUGAUGAGAAGGAGAGGGAGAGUUCCACCCCUGAGCCUGAUGCCUCCACCUCCAGACCAACCCUCCCAGAGGUGGGUGUCUUCCCCAGCCUCGGGCCUCUCCAGUCGGACAACACCCAUACAGAAGACCAGGAGGAGGAGGAGGAAGAGGAGAGGGAGAGUUCCACCCCUGAGCCUGAUGCCUCCACCUCCAGACCAACCCUCCCAGAGGUGGGUGUCUUCCCCAGCCUUGGGCCUCUCCAGUCGGACAACACCCAUACAGAAGACCAGGAGGAGGAAGAGGAAGAGGAGGCAGUGGUCCCUGGAAGACCUAGGAGUGACUCGGGAAGAGCAGGGAGAGGAGGGGACAUCUCUCCCCUGACCACAGCCCCCUUGGCGUCUCUGGCGCCCACGGUCGACGUCACGGAGGAUUCAGCGGUCCGUCUGGAGGACGAGGAGAUGUUCGCUGGGAAGGAGAUCCAGGAGAAGAAGAGGAGGCAGGAGGAGGAAAAGAAGCAUGAUGAGGAGGAGCAGGAGAUCAGGCAUGGAGGAAAAGAGCUGUUAACAGAGGCAGAGCUCCUCCGUGGUGCACACUUCUCACAGGAGAUACAGCAGGUGAUCUGUGUGGACUGGAGCGAUCUGGCUGGGAAGGGGUACGUCAUCCUCAACAUGUCAGACAACGUUGACUGUGAUGAGUUCCGUGUGGAGAGUGGAGACCGGCUCUUGGAGCUGCUAGAGACAACGUUCUCUAGGAAGAUGAACAGUCCUCAGGGCUCCUGGCUCAUCUCUCUCUCUAAACCCACCAGACAGGACCACCAGCUGCUCGUCACGCUGACCAACGAACACGGAGUUAUUGCCACCAAGGAUAUGUUGUCAAUGUUAGGCGAAAUCAGGAGAGGUUUACACGAGAUUGGUAUCCAGAACUACAGCAGCGCUAACACCUGUCACUCCAGGCCCAGUCAGACUCGUAGUGACUACGGGAAGUUGUUCGUGGUCCUGGUGAUCAUAGGUUCUGUUUGUGUGGUCAUCAUCGCGUCUGGUCUCAUCUAUAUCUUCUGGCAGAGACGCCUGCCUAAGAUCAAGACUAUGACUCGAGGCGAGGAAUUCCAUUUUGUGGAGAACGGCUGCCAUGACAACCCUACCCUGGAUGUGACGAGUGACGGGGGGGGGCAGCCAGAGAUACAGGAGAAGAAACAUCGCCACGCCAACGGACUGACGGCUGGGUCUGUGGGGGAGGGAGGGAGUAGUGGCUGGCAGGUCCUGGUCAACAAACCUGGAGUGAAGGAAGAGGAUAAUAUGGAAGAGGAUACACACCUUUAGUAGAGAGAAGAAGAGUGGAAGAGGAUAAUAUGGAAGAGGAUACACACCUUUAGUAGAGAGAAGAAGAGUGGAAGAGGAUAAUAUGGAAGAGGAUACACACCUUUAGUAGAGAGAAGAAGAGUGGAAGAGGAUAAUAUGGAAGAGGAUACACACCUUUAGUAGAGAGAAGAAGAGUGGAAGAGGAUACUAUGGAAGAGGAUACACACCUUUAGUAGAGAGAAGAAGAGUGGAAGAGGAUAAUAUGGAAGAGGAUACACACCUUUAGUAGAGAGAAGAAGAGUGGAAGAGGAUAAUAUGGAAGAGGAUACACACCUUUAGUAGAGAGAAGAAGAGUGGAAGAGGAGAAGGUAGCCUGGAUCCAGAUCUGUUUGUGCUGUCUUGCCAACUUCUAUGGUCACUGUCACAUUUGGCGUGGCAAGACAGCACAACCAGAUCUGGGAGUCGGACUAGGCUAGAAAAGAGAACUCAUGAUGAAGACGCAAAACAUCAGUGUUGUGAAACUUGUGAAUGCAUUGGCUGUCAAAUUAUACAGAGCAAAAAUAUAAACGCAACAUGUAAAGUGUUGGUCCCAUGUUUCAUGAGCUGAAAUAAAAAGAUCCCAGAAAUGUUCCAUAUGCACAAAAAGCUGAUUUACCUUCAAUUUUGUGCACAAAUUUGUUUAUAGUCCUGCUAGUGAUCAUUUCUCCUUUGCCAAAAUAAUCCAUCCACCUGACAGGUGUGGCAUAUCAAGAAGCUGAUUAAACAGCAUGAAAUCAGCAUUAGAUCAUUAAACAGGUGCAGCUUGUGCUGUGGACAAUAAAAUGCCACUCUAAACCAGAGCUCUUGCCAGAGAAUUGAAUGUUCAUUUCUCUACCAUAAGCCACCGUCAAUGUCGUUUUAGAGAAUUUGUCAGAAUGUCCAAUCGGCCUCACAACCGCAGACCACGUGUAACCACGCCAGCCCAGGACCUCCACAUCCGGCUUCUUCACCUGCGGGAUCGUCUGAGACCAGCCCCCCGGACAGCUGAUGAAACUGAGGACUAUUUCUGUCUGUAAUAAAGCCCUUUUGUGAGGAAAAACUCAAUCUUAUUGGCUGGGCCUUGCUCCCCAGUGGGUGGGCCUAUGCUCUUCUAGGCCCACCCAUGGCUCUGCCCCUGCCCAGUCAUGUGAAAUCCAUAGAUUAGGGUCUAACGAAUUCAUUUGAAAUGACCGAUUUCCUCAUAUGAACUGUAACUCAGUAAAAUCGUUGAAAUUGUUGCAUGUUGCGUUUAUAUAUAUAUAUUUUCUGUGUUCAGUACAGAAAGACAAAGUAUAGUAAUCAGAAGUCACUUAAACAACUUAUUAAAGCUACUUAGACGUUUUAUCAAUUGACUAUGAUUAUAUGAUAUGGACUUGAUCAUCUACUCUGCUUUCCUUUGGCUGUCGACUAAGCAUGAUUCACAUCUAUUACUUAACACUGUACAGCUACAGGGACUUUUCAGCAAAAUGAAACAUUGAUAUUGAAGCGAACAGAGGCAUUAUCCCUCUGUUACGUGUAUAAAUGUUCGUAGUUGAACUACUGAAGUUAUUAGAAUAUUGCAUUUUAGUUUAACAUGUUUGAAUGCAGAGUUAACCGCUUUGUGCUAUUCUUUAAUUAUGUAAAGUUGGAAUGCCAUCUCUGUAUCUGAUCUGUUCACACUGAUCGUAGGUCAAAGUCAAACAAUCAUUUGGAAGCAUCCAUUAUACCCAGCCUCCUUACAAUCAAGACUGAGUUAGCCAAAUAUCUAGCUUGGUUGCCUGAUCUGAAUGCUUUAGCAAGUCAUCUCUGGCUGCUGUGGCACGGUAACAAACAAGGGAUUGGCUAAAGCACAAUCACCUCUGGUAACCAGGCUGCAAAACAACAGAGGCUGUCAUGGUAACAAACAAGAGAUUGGCUAAAACACAAUCACCUCUGGUAACCAGGCUGCAAAACAACAGAGGCUGUCAUGGUAACAAACAAGGGAUUGGCUAAAACACAAUCACCUCUGGGAACCAGGCUGCAAAACAACUGAGGCUGUCAUGGUAACAAACAAGGGAUUGGCUAAAACACAAUCACCUAUGGUAACCAGGCUGCAAAACAACUGAGGCUGUCAUGGUAACAAACAAGGGAUUGGCUAAAGCACAAUCACCUCUGGUAACCAGGCUGCAAAACAACUGAGGCUGUCAUGGUAACAAACAAGGGAUUGGCUAAAGCACAAUCACCUCUGGUAACCAGGCUGCAAAACAACUGAGGCUGUCAUGGUAACAAACAAGGGAUUGGCUAAAGCACAAUCACCUCUGGUAACCAGGCUGCAAAACAACUGAGGCUGUCAUGGUAACAAACAAGGGAUUGGCUAAAGCACAAUCACCUCUGGUAACCAGGCUGCAAAACAACUGAGGCUGUCAUGGUAACAAACAAGGGAUUGGCUAAAACACAAUCACCUCUGGUAACCAGGUUGCAAAACAACUGAGGCUGUCAUGGUAACAAACAAGGGAUUGGCUAAAGCACAAUCACCUCUGGUAACCAGGUUGCAAAACAGAGGCUGGCCAUAUUUAUGAUGCUUCCCUUUGAUAACCCCCCCUACAAUUUUAUAAAUAUAUAUAUUCAUUUAUCAUAAGCACAGCGAAUAAUGUUUUGGGCUCUUUACUGUAGAUGGCAUGUAAAUAUGAAUGUAAUGUCAUGCUGCUAGUAUUUCUGCUGAGGCCCUGAAGCUAAUGACAUACUGUGGUUUAAAUAUAUCUUCUCUGCCUUGACAGUAUUGUCUCUGCAUCAAAAUGG